CCGCUUUUCUUCCCAUCCUUGCCAACUCAAAUAUUCGUCCUUCAAUUCUCUCUCACAUAAACCAAAAUCUCUGCGCAUUGGAUCUCCUACCCUACUUCUCUCUUCGAAUCGGUAAUGGAAAGUCCAGUUCGUUGCUCCGUUAUCAUCGUCGGCGCUGGAAUUUCAGGCAUUACGGCGGCGAAAGUCCUGGCGCUGAAUGGGGUGGAGGACGUGCUGAUACUCGAAGCGGCGGACAGGAUUGGAGGUAGAUUAAGGAAGGAGGAUUUCUGCGGAGUUACGGUGGAGCUCGGUGCCGGGUGGGUUGCCGGCGUCGGCGGCAAGCAAUCCAAUCCCGUCUGGGAGCUCGCCCGCCAGUCCGACCUCCGAACUUGCUUCUCCGACUACAGCUGCGCCCGUUACAACAUCUACGACCGCAGUGGGAAGAUAUUUCCGAGUGGAAUCGCUGCUGACUCGUAUCAGAAAGCUGUCGAUUCAGCGAUCCACAAGCUGAGGAGGCAGCAGGCCAACCCCGACUCCACAGACUCUGAAGUCGCGAAUAUAUCGGAAUCUAUUCCAAGCACGCCGAUUGAGUUGGCGAUAGACUUCAUCCUCCACGACUUCGAGAUGGCAGGUCAACAAAGUUGAACCUAUACCAACGUACGUAAAUUUUGGAGAAAGAGAAUAUCUGGUGGCAGAUGAAAGGGGAUAUGAGCAUUUACUCUAUAAAAUGGCAGCAACCUUCCUUUCUACAUCAGAUGGAAAAAUUGUGGAUACCCGCGUCAAACUUAACACGGUUGUUCGAGAAGUGCAGCAGCAUACAAGGAAUGAUGUUUCAGUGACCACAGAGGAUGGGAUCGUGUACGAAGCCAGUUACAUUGUUUUGUCCGUAAGCAUUGGCGUCCUCCAAAGCGAUCUUAUUUCCUUCACACCGCCUUUGCCUACGUGGAAAACGGAAGCAUUCCAAAACUGUGACAUCAUGGUUUACACCAAGAUAUUUCUCAAAUUUCCCUACAGGUUCUGGCCUUGUGGACCCGGAAAGGAGUUCUUCAUCUACGCCCAUGAGCGAAGAGGCUACUAUACGUUUUGGCAGGUCAAACUGUGAAGUUCGUUGUGGGACGAAGGGAGUAUAUGAUAUAUCAUUGUCUUAUACGGAGUAUAUAGUUCGUAGUAUAAUAAUAUUCAAAGUCUAAAAUAGUUAAAGCUAGCGCAAUAGCUAACUGGUUGGGGUGCACCCUUCUUGGAUGUCAAAGCACAUGGACAAUGCAUACCCAGGAUCCAAUAUUCUGGUGGUGACUCUGACAAAUGAAGAAUCAAAACGCGUGGAAGCCCAAACUGAUGGAGAAACUUUGAAGGAAGCAAUGGAUGUACUGAGGAACAUGUUUGGGGCACACAUUCCUACUGCAAUCGACAUAGUCGUCCCACGUUGGUGGAAUAACAGGUUCCAGCGUGGCAGCUACAGUAAUUACCCCAUCUACGGCAAUCACCAACUUGUACGCAAUUUGAAGGCACCUGUUGGAAGAGUGUUUUUCACGGGAGAGCACACCAAUGAAAAAUUUAAUGGAUAUGUCCAUGGAGGUUAUUUCUCAGGUAUAGACACAUGCAAAGCUCUUCUUGAAGAGAUGAGAAAGGAGGGAAAAGGGGGAGAGUCACAAGACUUGUUAUUACUUGACCCAUUGAUUGCAUUAAGGGUGACAGAAGCAGAUGAUGUUUCGGGUCUCCACAAGUGUGAUAUUCCUAGACGGGAGCUAUUCCUUGGUUCCACCAAACAUGGACUUCCAGAGGCCAUCUUAUGACUAAUAAGAAAGGAUGACCCAACUUUCGUUGAUACUCCUCCUUUGACUACUUUCUCAUUCAUGAGAAAUCCAAGCGGGACAUCGGUGAAUAAUGAAAGGCAGGCCAGGCUACACCAGGUGUGAAUAUUACAUUCAUAUAAAACACAUUCACUUCUUUGGGUAACGUUGGAUAUCAACAACACCUCGAAUGUACGUUGUGUGUCGUGUAAGAAUGCUUCCACGCCACGCUUUUGUUUUUCUGAGGAGCCCAGUCAUUCACCAAGGAAUAAAUGUGCUUGUUGAAUAUUUUUCUUUUUUGUCACUCAUUUAUUUCUCUUUUUCCAAUUCUGUAUUUUCCCCAACGAAAAAUUUGUACUGCUAUAUCUUUUCUUUCAGGUAAUGAAUUACAAAGGCAAUGUACGUACUACUAUUGUGAAUUGCUGUGAGAUCUAAUCUGG